CUACAUUGUCACCUCCACACCGCCUGAUAGAUUUCCCGAACCUUACUUGUCGACUUCUUGAAGGUUUACCGACGCUGGGCAACAGAAAUCCGAGCUACUGAAUGGCACUGACCGCAAAAUAACACUUCUUUGUUGCCAAUUAGUGUAGUCUGGAUUUCACAUCUCCAGAUAUGGAAUAAACUCUGAAGUAGUACAGUGAUGAUUCUCCAGCACUUGAGAACUGUAUUAAGAGCUACAAGCCUCUACCUUCCAAGUUCACAAGUACAGCAAUAUCUAAAUAUCAAUAAAAGAUGUACUAGGUUAGUUCAUGGUCGAAGAAGGGUUGUUGUCACAGGUAUAGGAUUAGUAUCUCCUCUUGGUGUUGGAACCCAGUUGGUUUGGAACAAUCUUCUCCAAGGAAAUUGUGGGAUUGUUGCCCUUGAAGGAGAAGAAUAUGCUUCUGUUCCUUGUAAGGUUGCUGCAUGCGUGCCAAAAGGGGUUGAUAAAGGUCAGUUCCAUGGAGAAAAUUUUAUAACAAAAUCAGACAGCAAAGCUAUGUCUUCUGCCACCAUCAUGGCCAUAGGCGCUGCUGAUCUAGCAUUAAAGGAUUCUGGUUGGUCUCCACAAUCUGACCAGGAUAGUUUGAAAGCUGGUGUGGCUAUAGGAAUGGGAAUGGUUCCACUGGAAGAUAUCUCUGAUACAGCCUUGACAUUCAAAACAAAAGGCUACAACAAGGUCAGCCCAUUUUUUGUUCCAAAGAUUUUGAUCAAUAUGGCAGCAGGUCAUAUUAGUAUCAAACAUCAAUUAAAAGGACCAAACCAUGCUGUGUCCACUGCUUGUACCACUGGAGCACAUGCCAUUGGAGACUCUUUUCGAUUUAUAGCUCAUGGUGAUGCUGAUGUGAUGUUGGCUGGAGGAACAGAAGCGUGUAUUAGCCCAUUGUCUCUGGCUGGAUUUGCCAGAGCUCGGGCUCUGAGCACUAGCUUUAACUCUAACCCUCAAAAAGCUUGCCGUCCAUUCCAUCCACUAAGAGAAGGAUUUGUUAUGGGAGAAGGUGCCGCAGUUUUGGUUUUGGAAGAAUACAUGCAUGCUAUCCAGAGAGAAGCCAAACCUUAUGCAGAAAUUUUAGGCUAUGGACUCUCAGCUGAUGCCUGCCACAUUACAGCACCUGAUCCAAAUGGAGAUGGAGCUUCGAGGUGCAUGUCUGCAGCAAUCAAAGAUUCUGGAAUUUUUCCGGAAGAUGUAACAUACAUCAAUGCUCAUGCCACCUCCACUCCACUAGGAGACGCUGCAGAGAAUCAAGCUAUCAAAACCCUUUUUAAAGGUCAUGCUACUGCUCUUGCAAUCUCCUCAACUAAGGGAGCAACAGGUCAUCUCUUGGGUGCCGCAGGAGCUAUUGAGGCAGCUUUUACUGCUUUAGCUUGUUACCAUGGAAUUUUGCCACCUACUUUAAAUCUGGAUCAGACAGAGCCACUAUUUGAUCUCAAUUAUGUUCCAUUAGUAGCACAAGAAUGGAAAAGUAAAAAGCGGUGUAUUGCUCUCAGUAACUCCUUUGGUUUUGGUGGAACUAAUGCCUCAUUGUGUUUUGCUAAUAUUUAAUCUUGUAAUCUCUCGAUGUAAAUAUGCUCCCUCCUCCAUUUAUCUACCAACCAAAUAUAAGUAUACAUGAAAAUUGU